AUGCAUUCUGAUAAUAAUGAUGAUUCAACUGUUGUUGAUUCAGACUUGAACUCGUCUAGUACUAGUGCCAAUGGAGAUUUUAACCAUAACACCAAUGGUAGUAGUAAUGGUCAUAAUUUUGAUAAUGGUUCUGUGUUAAAUCCGGCAAAUGCUCGUGCUGAGUAUUUAGUUGACGAGGGUAGAUUUAAUGAUUCAACUACUUUGUAUGAUGAAAUUGAUGGAAUUAAUCAGUCACCAUCCUUAAGAAAGUAUGGGUUGAAUGCUUCUAUGAGACACUUACAUUAUAGUGAUAACAAGCUAGCCUUAGAUAAUUUCAUCAACAAAACUAUCGAUUUGUUAUAUGAAUUGACUAAUGAGAAUAAAUCCAGACCCAUUUUCUAUCCAACGAACGUAGGUACGUCAGAUGAAAGGGUUCAGUUAUUCAAAUCAAACAAAUCCAUCAAAAGUGUAGAGAAGUCAAAACAAACCAACGAACUGGUUGAUAUUGACGUUGACUUCAAAGUAUUGAAAUUGAACUUACCCAGCCAUAACCAUAAUGAUUUGAUAUCUGGUAUAAAUGCUUUGGAUAAAUCUUCCAUCUCCAUUUUACUCGAACAAAAACUUAACCAACAGGUUAAAUUCUUAUUAAACUUGAAGGACAGAAUUGAUGAUACUUCCUCAAGAGUUUUCGUUACUGGUGAUUUAAAUGCUGGAAAAUCAUCUUUUUGUAAUGCUUUGUUGAGAAGAAAGGUUUUACCAGAGGAUCAACAACCUUGCACUUCAGUGUUUUGUGAAAUCAUUGAUGCAUCCAAAGAAAAUAAUAGUAUUGAAGAAGUUCAUGCUAUCCCAAUCGAUUCAAAUUACGAUAUCAAGGAUGAAUCUACAUAUUCCGUGCAUGGGCUUCAAAAGUUAGAAGAGUUGGUUUAUGAGUCUCACAAGUAUUCUUUAUUGAAAGUAUACCUUAAUGAUGUUAGACCAAAAGAUCAAAGUUUAUUAUGUAAUGGUGUAAUUGAUAUCAGAUUAAUCGACGCACCCGGUCUUAAUAUUGAUCUGUAUCAAACCACACAGGUAUUUUCGAGACAGGAAGAGAUUGAUUUGGUAGUUUUUGUGGUCAACUCCGAAAACUAUUUCACAUUAUCAGGAAAAGAGUUUAUCUCUUCAGCAGCAUCUGAAAAGCAAUACCUUUUCAUCGUAUCCAACAAAUUCGAUAAUAUUAAGGACAAAGAAAGAUGUAGAACCAAGAUUCUUGAACAAGUGCAAUCUCUUAGUCCAGAGACUUACAAGAACUCCAACGAAUUUGUACAUUUCUUGAGCUCAUCUGAAGUUGGUACCGGUGGCGAUCCUGGAGAUGGAGGAGAACCAGACAAUGACGAUGAGAACAAUAGGAGAGAUCCCAAUUUCGAUCAUUUGGAAGCAUCUUUAAGAAAGUUCGUACUUGAGAAGAGAGCAAUUUCGAAGUUGUUACCAGCAAAGAACUUCCUCUUGAAUAUCUUGAACGAUCUUAUAACACUUUCAAAUUUGAACAAAAGUCUUUAUGAAAACGAAAAGAAGGAUUUAAUGGAGGAAUUAGAUAAGAAAAUUGCUCCUAAAUAUGACGAUAUGUUAAACAAAAGUGUAAGGAUAAAUGAUUCGAUCUUGAAAUCUAUUGAUGAGACUUGUUCCAAAGCUUAUGAGUUCACUAAGUUGGAAUUGAACGAUAGUAUACUGAAAAUGGGAGACAAACAAAUUGUAAAUUACGCAGGAAUUCAAUUCGCCUAUGACUAUGCCCAAGAAACUCAAAGUAGGAAUAUUGAAAGUAUUUUAUCUGCAAUCGGCUUAUGUGAAGGACAUGCUAAAGAGGUUACUAAGGAAAGUGUGGACAAAAUCAUAACUUUAGGUAAACAAACUUUAGGAGAUGAAUUUUUGAAUGACAAAACCUUCCAAGCAGAGUUGAUGUUCAGUAGAAAAAGAGAUAUCAAUGCCAGAAAUUUGUAUACCAACAUUGAAUUCACUGAUUUCUUUGACCCAUCUAUUGAAUCGUUUUUCAUGUGGAUUGGGGUGCCAGGAAAUGUAGUCUCUCUGUCCAUUAAUCAACUCAGUUAUUAUAAUCCUACUUCAAUUAUCACCAAGUUACCAUUGACUGCCAUUACAUUAAGAGAACAACUACCAACUCAAUUGACUCUUCACACAUUAUAUUCCUCCACCAAGAUUUUAACGGCUGGAGCUGUAGUUAGAAGAUUGUAUUCAUUAUCAAACAUUUUAACUCCAAAAGUCUUGAAGUCAAUUGCUGCUCCACUUUUGUUAACCUUGACAGGAGUAUCCAUCUACUAUUUAGUUAGUGAUAUACCCAAUGCCCUUCCAAGGAAACAAGCACGUAAAUUAAAACUGAGAAUUCAUGAGAUAGAAUUGGUUCAUACCAAUUCUGAUAGAAUCUCCAAAGAAUGUAGAAAAGUUUUGAACUAUCCAUCCAGACAAGUAAUGAAUAAUUUCCAAACAAGUAUUGACAAGAGAGUCAACGAAAAAGAAAAAUUCGAAUCAAAAAUCAAUGAUGCCAAAUUAAGUUUGAGCUAUUUCAAUGGUUUAUCGGAAAAGAUCCUUCAUCAAAUAGAGUUAGUUAAAAAUAUUAACUUGGAGAAUGUUAAUGUUGUUGAUUAA